GUGAAAAAUUAAAUGGACGUUUUUGUUACCAAUUUAAAACGCCCAUUUUUCUUGAAUAAUAUGCCAACAUACCAGUUUGUGUUUAAUACGGUGUAAUGGACGGUAGAAUAUAACUUCUCCUGGUGAUUUACAUGUCGCGCAGUUAAGUUCUUUCAAUAUUUACGAUCCAUUUUAGAAGCAAUCACCUUUUAUGGCAUUCUAUCAAGAGGUUUUCAAACAGAUUACAGAUGGAUAAACUGUCUUAAUGAUAGAAAGCGCGGAGGAGAUGACGGGGCAGGCACGGCUGGACGUGGUCCACAUCCGGGAAGACGCCACCGGCCACCUGCUGUGCUGGGGCAGCGGUGAGUUCGGCCAGCACGGCCAUGGUUACCGGAAAGAGGUCAUAUUCUUCGACGGCGCCGUUGAGAAGUUUUGCGGGGCCCCAGAAGGCUGCGUUAAACAUAUGGCAUGCGGAGCCAGCCACACAGCAAUCGUCACGCAUUCUAAUGACCUGUAUGUUUGGGGCAACGGUAACAGUGGACAACUAGGCAGUAACGAUCUGGGCACGAAGCCGGAGCCUCAGUACGUGCAGUUGCCCCUUGGCUCGGCCCCGGGGUCAGGAAUCGUUGGCGUGGCCUGUGGGGGCCGCCACAGCAUGGUCUGGACGGAUGCCGGCCAAGUCUUUACGUUUGGGAACAACUUUAACGCACAGCUUGGCUACGACUUCCGAGAAAAGAAAUAUAAAGACACGCAGUCAACCUUCUGGGAAAAUAAUGACGACCAGGAAGAGAAUAACGUUACACAGCCAACUCUACUGAAGAGCCUCCAGCACCGGCCGGUAGUGCAGGUCGCCUGUGGGAGCAAACAUUCCGUAUUCCGGUUCCGGGAUGGAGGCAUCGCCUGCUGCGGAGACAACAGUUACGGUCAGGUUGGAUGUGGUACGCGGGAUGACGCCCUAGCACCAAGGAUCCUUGGGGGCGACCUCGCUCAAGGUGUGAAAAUGGUGGCUACAGGGGCACACCACUCACUCGCAAUCACCGUAUCGGGCGAGGUGUAUGUGUGGGGGUACAGCCGCGCAUGCGGGAGCAGGGACGAGGACAUCCUUGCGGCUCGGAAGUGCCCCACCCACCAUAACAACAUCGUCGGUGUCGCUGGUGGUGGCAUGCACUCAAUGGCGCUCUCUGCUAACGGAAGUGUAUAUACAUGGGGCGGCGGGGCGGACGGGCAGUUGGGACACGGAGAGAAGGUCCGCUUUCUGUCCAGGCCACGCCGGGUCCGCGAUCGCCACGUGGUCAACAGAUGCAUCCAGAUCGCCGCCGGGGAAAACUUCAGCGCCGCUGUCACUGAGAAGGGACUGUUGUACAUGUGGGGAAAGAACAGCCACACAAUAAUGUCGGACAAGCCAACCAGCCACAAGGUGCUGCUGCCGCAUGGCGUCAACAAGAACUUUCGGGGCGGCAGGAUAUCCGCCGUCGUCUGCGGCUCCUGGCACGCACUUGCCCUCAUCGGCAGACCGGUGAUGCUAGAACGGAACACGAACGAAAUCUCUGAUGAGUCCAGUGACGAGGUGGUCAAGAUCGAAGAGGAAGACCUUGAUGAGAUGGACGUGGACGCUGUGGCGGACUCGAACUCGGACGAGGAGCUGGUCGGCACAUACCGGCGCGAAACCAGCCGCCUUGAGCGCGAGAAGACGACUGUCAGUCUGGCGGAUUUCUACGCUCCGACACCAGACCCCAAAACACUCCGAUCUCCGAGUCCAGAGCUUUUCUUCCCGAAGGAAGACGAUGAUGACGUAGACCGUAUCAACAGCACACGCUCGGCCGCAACCAUGAUUGUGCGCGUGCCAAGCCAGCCACUUCUGACGUAUGCAGACGCCGGCACAUCACCCAUGACUUUAACUACGGCAAGCACAAACAGUAGCAGCGUCACAACAUCAUCAAGAGUUCCUAGUCCUAUUUCAGAACUUCCUCGUAACAAAAUUGAAAAACUCCAAAGGAAACUCAGUCGGCCGGAGAAAAAGUUCAGGGAGUUUGAUCCAAUGAAGUUUGAGAGGGACAAACUACGGAGUAGCAAGUCGCCUGUGUCCGAGGUUGUGCAGCUUAGUAGGAGCUCUGCAGACUCUUUUAUAUUACCACGGGAGCCGACUGGGCUCUCAAAGAAGCAUGUAGACUUCUCUGAAAUGGAAGAAAUAAGGUUAAAAGGACCUAAAUCACCUGAGAAGCUCUCUCGCCAGAGCAGACACAGGGAGAGUAGAGAAGCCAGUCCCACACGGACACGCCAUAAGGACUCGCUGAGCCCGUUCAAAGACCACAUGCGGGACCUAAACCAUUCCCGCUCUCGGCACCGCUUCCUUGAUUCUCAGCUCUCACACAAGAGCGACAGCGCCAUCCUCAUGGAGUCCCCGCUGUUCCGCGGAAGUCGCAGCACUGCCAUGACAGAGUUACUCAGCCGUCCCUCACCGGACACGCCCCUUGCCCUGGUGGAUGACCGCCAUUACAAACACCACGUGCCCAAACACCAGGCCCGGAAGUACAAGACAGGAACACUCACAGAAACAAACUUCGGGCUUCAGAUAUCCAAGUCCCAAACAGUCGUAGCCCCAUUGCAUGGAGAGAUCGGAGAACAAGCGGACCGCCUCGCGCAGCUCCGCCGGUACGCUGCCACACACAACCCCCAGGUCUCCUCGCGGCCCUCACCCGAUAGAUUGCGGCCUAUAAAGAACCGCCAGGUGAGCAUCCCUGGGGGACGGGCGGAAUCACCAGGAGAUGAGCGGGGCCAGCUGUUUGUAGGGAAGUCAGGGGGAGGCACCAGCAAGGAUAAAUCGGGAUUUAGCAGCGGGUCACUUUGGAAGGAGAGAGAUGACAUGGACAGGUUAGGUCAGCGGAAAAUUGCUGCUGCGGGGAUAGUAAAAAUGUAUCUCACCAGGAAUGAGGUAGUUGGAACAAUGGACAAUCCUUUGUAUACUUCUCUAAGCGAUGGUAGAGGGCAUAGCGACCCUCUCUUAGAUAGCGACUCACUUACUGUUCAACCUCUUAUGAAAAGGGUAAAACAUACUGAAAGACAUAUUAAACCCAUAGGAAUUGAACUGCCAACUAUAGCCAUUAAUCAUACUCCGAAUGCUGCCAACAUGUUAUCGACUAGGACUCUUCCGGAAAAGAGAACAUUCGAACGUGAGGAGCUAGAUCUCACAUUGGGCAACAGUACAUCACGUGGUAUCAGCCAGGAAAGUGCCGGCGAGUCACGCGUCAGUUAGGGCUUAAACAAGGUCCGGCCAAUCAGUCCCCUCAACCCUAUCAUAACGGGUCAGGUCAGAGCCAUUCAUGCGAAUAGGAGGUCACCUAGAAUAGAUGACCAGCUUGCUAAACUAACCCGUCUGUCCAGCUUGAAGACUAGUGGCCAUUUCUAACAACGGCACGUGUGUGGUUGUGGUAUGCUGUUGAAUGUUCGUUAACAGUUUGUUUUAUUUUAAAUAAAGUUUGACCAUUUUCUGGAAUGGGAGCUACUGGGAGAAAGCUAACAGGUCGACAAACACACGUCAAAUAUUAUAUUGAAUACCUUUUUCAACGUUUAUGACAGAAAAAGGCAAAGCAUACAAAGCAUAAUUGUGUGUCAAAGCUUGGUGCUGGAUAACAGUCAGAGGUGGGGAAAUUUGCUCAUGACAUGUGGUGGUUGCAAUAACUUGUGUUCAAACUAACACUCACUACGUCACAAGCUUUUAAACAACUGUGUAAUAUAGCUAAAGACGCAUAAUAUGAUGGUUUUAUUUUCUUCGAAUGUUGUAUGGUUGGUAAUGUUUGUAACGCAUACACGUAUCUAACCUGUAACCAACGUUUAUUCACAGAGCAAAGGAAUGAUGAACAAGUGAAUAACGUGAACUCUUGUAAUGAUAAGGACAUCCAACUCUGUGAAUGGACGCCAAAAGUUAUAUCUAUUCUAUAAUGACCAACUUACACGAAAUAGUGUUUUAAUUUUGUUUCGUUUGAAAUUACUUUCAUAGAAGCAAAAUCACCUCACAGCAUUAUCGGGUAUAAUUCGCAUUUUGUCUCUCAUAAGUCCCAACUGUAGCUGCCCUCUCUUUGGCACUUUGCUUUGAUUAUCGUUGUCUUUUAAUGAUGAUAUUUUAUUGUUACAAGUAUCUGUGAUAACUGCUGCACAUGUUGAUUUUUAUAAAUUUAUUUAA